AUGAACGUUUUAUUCGAGCUCAUUGCAAUAUUCACUUUGUUGGUCAGUUUUACAAAUGCCAAGAGAAAAUUGGUCGCUACAUCUCUAGUAACGUGUAUGGAACACUCCCAAUUGGCUUCAAACAGUUUUAGUGUCGUCUUUGAUCCCGAUGACAGGUCGUUGCAUUACAAAUUGGAUUUAACUACAACAAUGAGUUCCUAUAUUUAUGCAGAUAUUGAUGUAUACGCAUAUGGCUUCAAGAUAAUCACCAAAAAUGUCGAUCUUUGUGAAAUAGGAUGGAAACAAUUCUGUCCCGUUCAUCCCGGCGAUAUUCAAAUCGAAGCCAUAGAAUACAUUUCAGAAGAAUAUGUGGAGGAAAUACCUGGAAUUGCUUAUACUGUGCCUGAUAUUGAUGCCUUCGCAAAAGUGAAAAUAUACUCGAAUACUUCUGAAUAUUUAGCCUGUCUGCAAGUGUACUUCUCAAAUGGUAAGACCGUUUCACAGCUUGGAGUUAAAUGGGCCACUGCGGUGAUUGCCGGUUUGGGGCUGUUGUUAUCUGCUUUACUGUCUGCUUUUGGUAAUUCUACAGCUGCCUCUCAUAUUUCUGCUAAUACCAUGUCAUUAUUCGUUUAUUUUCAAAGUGUUGUAGUAGUCGCCAUGGAGCAUGUUCAAAGAGUGCCUCCAAUUGCAGCCUCUUGGGCAGAAAACCUAGUGUGGUCAAUGGGUUUGAUAAGAGUAACAUUCAUGCAAAAGAUAUUUAGGUGGUACAUUGAUAAUACAGGUGGGACUUCUAGUCUUUACUUGACAUCAAAAACUAUGAAUGUUCUUACUCAGAAGAGAGACAUGUGGAAAAGAAGUACCAAUGAUGGUGUAUUGUAUGGUAACUCUAACACUUUGAUUUUUAGAGGUAUAAGAAGGCUGGGUCACAGAAUGAACAUAGAGGAAACAUCGAUUGUAGUAACUAGCUUUACAUUUUUCGUACUAUGCGGUUACGUUCUGGCUGGGUUCAUCAUAUUGUGCAGAACACUUAUUGAAUUGUUCAUGAGAGCGCAUUGGAUUACUCCAAAUCAUAAGAAAUUGUACUACUAUUGUCAAGAAUUUAAUAAUAACUGGAAAAUUAUUCUGAAAGGCUCAAUGUUAAGAUAUAUUUAUAUUGGGUUUGCUCAAUUGACUAUUUUUAGCUUUUGGGAAUUUACUGUAAGAGAUUCUCCAGCAGUAAUAGUUAUCUCAUGUCUAAUGGUUAUGUUGGCAUGCGGUCUUAUGAUUUGGGCUUCUUAUAGAACAGUCCAUUUUGCGAGGGAGUCAAUCAAGACCUAUAAUAACCCCGUGGCUAUAUUGUAUGGCGAUGAUUACGUCUUAAACAAGUAUGGUUUUUUCUAUACAAUGUUUAACGCUAACAGUUAUUGGUGGAAUAUUCUAUUACUUUCCUACGUCUUUGUUAAAUCUUUGUUCAUUGGAUUUGCUCAGGCCUCUGGGCAAACACAGGCUAUGGCGGUAUUUAUUCUGGAUUUGGUUUACUACAUUCUUUUGAUCCGUUACAAGCCGUAUUUGGACACACCUACAAAUAUAAUGAUUAUUUUUACACAAACCAUUAUUGUCAUCAAUUCAUUCCUAUUUUUAUUCUUCUCCGGCAUUUUCAGGCAAAGUUAUAAAGUUUCUGCCAUUAUGGGAUGGGUCUUUUUUAUUAUGAAUGCCGCUUUCUCAUUUAUUCUAUUGUUGAUGAUCUUGGCAUUUACUAUGAUGAUUAUCUUCUCCAAACAUCCUGAUUUAAGGUUUAAACCUGCUAAGGACGACAGAAAGUCAUUUCAAAGAUCUAAAAUUACAUAUGGCAAAUAUGGUAAAUUGUCACCUUUCGAUGAUAAGUUUGCUGGUGAUACGACUGAUGAACCAAUUGCAAAAGAACUCUUGGAGUUGGGUACUGUAGCAAAAGAUCAUAACGCCAAUUGGGAGACUGAUGUUGCUAUAAUAGAGACAAGCGAAAGUAGUAAUAGUAACAGUAAGAUGUCGAAUAGUAGAUCUACUAGAACCCGAAAUCCCUUCACCUCCAGUACUUCUAGUGGGCCUCUGUAUGAAAAAGAAAGUGUAAAUGAUGCUGAAAUCAAUGAUUAUAGCAACAAUAUGGAACAGAAUGGUCAAACGGAACGAAAAUUAUCAAACAAAUUUUUGAAACAAUUGCCUUUCAAGAAAAGUUAUAAAGCUGAACUACCAUCGAAUACAAAUACCGAAAACAACAACCAUGGAACAGAUAACGAGGAUGAAUACACAGAUAUUCGUACGGAAUCUAUCAUUCCAAGCUCUUUUUAA